GUACAUGUAACGACGAUAAAUCAAGCCAAAAAUAAAUCCGAAACUACAUAAUAAAAAUAACGAGACAAUCAAAGGAGAGCAGGAAAUUGCAACAUCUUGUGAUAAACGCUGACAACAAGUUGCUCGUUGAUGAUUGCAAUAAAGGCCAUCGAAAUGCAGCAAAACAACGGCUGGAACCAUACCUUGCAGCAGCAGCAGCAACAACAAGUGAUUGAUGCAUUGCUCGAUAAUCCUCGCAUUUGGCUCAAUAAUAAUAACAAUAACAGUAGCAACAACGCAACACCCAUGCAGUUGCAAGUGCAACAGCAACAGCAGCACCAACAGCAGCAACCACGAGCUGCCGCCUGGAUAACCGAAAACAAUAAGCCGCGCCACAUUAACAACAAUAACAUUAUGAAUGUCAAUUACAAUCAGCACUUGGCGCCCCAGCAGCAACAGGAGCAGCCAGUACAGCAACUGCAGUACAUGCAACCCACUUACAGCAUCUACACGCAACACCAGCCGACUGUGCCAGCAACAACAUCCAACAGUUGUCUCUUCUCGUGCAACGUCCAGCAGACAAAUCAAUAUUUCGCCAAUCCAACAACAACCACGGCAACAACGCAACAUCAGCAGCAUCAGGGGCAACAGACGCACCAGGCGCAUCAUCAAUUGCAACAGCGAGUGCCACAGGACUACUUGGGCAGCCACAACGGAAUUGACCAGCAGCAGGCGCGACAUGUAAGUAGAGCAGAGCCACUGCCACAAAUGUCCAGUGUCACAUGACCCACUUUUGGGUGCACUUUCCGGUACCCCUACCCCCCAAGCUAGCCACCUGCCACCCCAAAAUGGGGUGGAGGCUCUCAUGUAAGUGGCGGCGCAAGGUCAGCGUGGCCUUUUUUGUAGUUUUUUUUUGUGUUUAGUUUUGUUAUUGUAGUGCUAGCUGUUUUCGAUGCGCAUACAAUUACAUGGCAUCGACAUCGCCAAUCGCCAAUCGGCAGCCGGCAACGGGGCCCCAUCAAUAUUUAUUGAAAAGCUGGCUGGCAUAUCAUAGAUAAAUGGCUAGAAAUAACAAUAAACAGGCGGAGCGGACACCUGCCAGGGCUGGGCCGAAAGCCACCUGAGCCUCCAGCGGCGACAUCCGAUCGCCGGGCGACCCAUUUAGGAAAAGUAUUUACCAAAAUGCCUGAUAAGAGCUCAGAGCUCCGAGCUCUAAGCCAAAGCAGCCACCCACCACAAAGGCGAGCCAUUCAUGGCGCUGCAUUCUCGGUGGGGUUUACCUGUGGGGCCUUUAAAUUUAGUUGCUUAUGUCAUAACUAAAUUGUCUGGCGUCGGCCGGCCGAUAAGAUAAACGGCAAUCGGUCCAAGAAUCGAGUAAACAGAAAAAAGCGUAGUCAAAGAAAAGCUAAACUGGCGGGGCACGUGAGACCAGUCGACCCGCCGAAUAGAAAACCAAAUUGUAUCGAAAUAAUAGAGAGCAGAUAGCAGCAGAGCUGCCAGUGGGUUAAACCCACAAUAUAUUAUAUGUGUAUUUGUUUUUUAAGGCCUAAAUGAAAAUGGCUCAUGCCAGGCAGAGCAGCUCCUCUCGGUUCGCUCAGGAAAUGCCAGAGCCCCCGGUUCUGAAUUCACUCAGCGUAGCGCUCUGCGUCGAUUUCUCUC